UUUCAAUUGUUUUCAUUGGUCCAAUGACAAUUUAAGAUUAGUUGAUAAAAAUAUUUAUCAAAAAAACUAAUUACCCAACUAAUCCAGUCGCCUUCUUCUUCAUACAUACUUCCAUCAUUCAUCAUUCACAUCUUCUUUCUUUCCUCAGCGUCCUUUGGUUUACUAUCUUUCGAAUCUCCUCCUUUUUGCAGAAAUGGAGACUGGUGCUGGUAUAGGUCUGUACCCUUUGCACCGCUGCAAAACCAUUUACUUAGUGAGACAUGCUCAGGGGAUUCACAAUGUUGAUGGGGAAAAGAACUAUAAGGCCUACAUGUCUCAGGAGUACUUCGAUGCAGAGUUGACCCAACUUGGCUGGAAACAGGUAGAUGGUUUGCGUAAGCAUGUUCAUUCCAGUGGACUUCACAAGAAGAUUGAACUGGUCAUAUCGUCUCCACUGAUGAGAACAUUGCAAACUGCUGUUGGUGUUUUUGGUGGAGAGGGCUACACAGAUAUAAGUGAUGUACUACCUCUAAUGGUAGCAAAUGCAGGAAAUAGUAGCCGUGCUGCUAUAUCGAGUUUAAACUGCCCACCAAUUAUUACAGAGGAGUCCUGCAGAGAACAUUUGGGAGUGCAUCCAUGUGAUCAGAGGAGAAGUACCAGCGACUAUCAGUUUCUUUUCCCUGCAGUUGACUUUUCACUGAUAGAAAGCGAGGAAGACAAGUUAUGGAAGGCUGAUGUUAGAGAAACAAUUGAAGAACUUGCAGCUAGAGGAAAAAAGUUCCUGAACUGGCUAUGGACAAGGAAAGAAAAAGAGAUAGCUAUUGUGACACACAGUGGUUUCUUGUUUCACACAUUGAAUGCACUACAAAGCGAAUGCCAUCCAGAUGUUAAGAAGGAAAUUUGCGGCCACUUUGCUAAUUGUGAGCUACGUUCAAUGGUCAUCGUCGAUAGAAGUAUGUUGGGAUCGGAUACUUCGGUGACUGAUUAUCCAGGUAAGAUUCCAAAGGGGAUUGACCUUCCAAGUGAUGCUGUUGUAGAUGAUAACAACAUCAAAGCUGAGUGAUUCUUUAUGGACACUUCAUUGUCUUCAAACUUUCUAUCUAUCUAUACACAAAUCCCUUCUUUGUUGUAUGCAUCUCUCUUUAUUAGUCUUACUAUCGACUUAAAAGAUACUUCGCUAGUUCGUUCGCUUAAUUGGGACUUGAGUGAUAGUUUUGUGUUGUUUUUGGUAAAACAAUAACGGAUGGAAAUGUUUUAAAACGCUAUCAUCUGGUA